AUGGAAGAAAAAGUGAGAUAAUGGGUUCAAUAAAAUACAGUAAUCUGAAAAAGAUUUUGAGUAGGAAAGAAGGGGGAUUAAAGUUUUAUAGCUAAUAGGAAGCCUGGAAGAAAAGUAAUAAAAUUUGGUUAUUAAUUAAAAUUGAAAAAAAAUGAGAAAAUAGACAAAAAACAAAUUUGGAGUCUAGAAAAUCGAGAAAAUUUUUAAAUUUUUAUCUAAUUUUUUUGUAAUUUUUUACAAAUAAAAUUUUUGGAAAAAUAAUUCAACUCAUAAUUUUUAGCUAAUAGGAUAAUUAAUGAUUUUAAAAAAUGAAAAAAUAAUUUGAAAUCUGAGAGCCGGGAAAUUUAGAGUUUCGAAUAUUUUUUCAAUGUUAGUUUUCAGAAAAAUGUUUCAGCUUUGAAUGUUACAAAAAUCCGUUUUUAUUGUUUUUUUUAUUAAUAAGACAAUCUCAAUUUUUCCUAGCACCUUUCUACAUGCAGCUAUCCUUGACAAAUGCACUUUCUAGACACGGAUUUUAAAUUAGUUGGCAUUUUCGAAAUCCCCUUGAAGUUCUGAGAAAAAUUUUCUAGACUUUUUUUUCAUAAUUUUUGAAGUAAGUGUCAUAAUUAUGAAAUCAAAAAUUACCAACUUACACCUGGAGAAGUGACCAAACUUGUCAACCUUUUAUUUCAGUUGUCUUCCAAACCUUUAAAUUUGUUUCUUGAUUUCUAUGUAGAAUUCUGACCAAUAUAUUUUUUGUCCUUGUUUUCCCACCAGAAAAUAUAUACAAAUUCUCAAUAUUUUCUUGUUUUUUACUUUUUUCAAUCCAAUUAUUAUUUUUUUUUACUCACGACAAAUUUUAAUCAUUCACAUAUUUACCGUAAAAUUGCGUGCGGCUUCAAUUUUGCUCAAAUUUAUUUUUAUUUUUAUAUUUUCGAUGAUGGUUUUUUUCUGAAAAGAAAAUUUUUCUAGAUAGAUUACUGUAGUUUUUCCAAUUAUUUUUUCCUUACAAAUAUUGCAGUCAAACGCAAAAAAGUCCAAUUCAACCAAAAUUGAAUCCAGUGCAAAAAAGCAACAAAAUGGCAAAUUUCUCGAAUUUCGAUGAAAUUCGAGAUUUUUCCCACAUUUACCCUGUUUCACUUCGUUUUUUGCGUGAUGAUGUUUUAAUACUAUUUAGUGGAUUUUUUUUCUGAGAAGAAGCUGGGAAAAUUCCGCCCACAAUUAGAUAAAAUCACAUUUAAAAUCUCCGGGUCAUUUCACAUUUUUGCUGAGAUGAAGCUCUGGAAAUUUUCUCUUAUUUGCGUCAGCAAAAACUUGUAUUUAAAUUUUUCUGAUCCAUUUUUUGAACUCAAAUUUCAAAUUUUUACAAUUUAAAAUUUUUAAGAUUUUCUCAGCUCGUAUCAACUUUCAUGAUUUCAGAAUUUUUACUGGUUUCUUUCAUAUUGGACUAUUUUUGACAGUAAGCCUCGAGGAAAACUGAAAUAAUUGUCUAACUUCCUUUAACUCCUGAUUAACUUUGCAUGUUUCUUCCAUCUGUUUUCUCAUAAUUCUAUUUUUUCAGAUAUGCUCACAAGGGUUCAAAUAUUUUUGCUUCUCGCCAUUGUUUUCUGUUUGGUAAUUGCACAAGAAAAACCAGACAAAAGGCCGGCUUUAUUGUCAAGAUACGGUCGAGCAAGUCUACCAAGAUAUGGAAAAAGAUCUGGACCUAUUGAACCAGGUUAGUUUUUUGAACUUUUAUGACUUUAAAAAUGCCAAGUCAAGUAUCAAAUUUCAAAUGUUUUGUGGAUAUUUGCAAAUCCCAUGCUGCAACAUGUUGAUGUUUGUUUUUUUUUUCCAGAAAAUGACGUUUUGUGUGAAACAAUCGAUGGACAAUUGCUGUGUGCACCUUUCAAUGUAUUCAAUGAUCGAAAUAUGUACACCUAA